AUGUCUGACAUGAUUCAAAAAAUGGCUCAAUCGAAUGUACCAAAUGUGUUGAAUGAACCUAAAACAACUGUUAAAAUAAUUAAAGAGAAAAAUGUCGCGUCCAACAUCAGCAAUUCUUCAAAUCGAAUUAUAGAAUCGAAUAAUAUUGAUAAUAGCUUUAAUGAAAUUGAUGAUGAAAUGAUGAAACCUUCGAAAGGCAAAAAAAAAUUCAAAGGUCCGAAAAAUGUAAGGCAGAGAGCUGUCGUAGCAGCAUUUCAACAUGCUUGGAAAGGUUAUAAAAAUUUUGCAUGGGGUCAUGAUAUGUUGAAACCCAUCAGUAAAACAUACCAUGAUUGGUUUUCGUUGGGACUUACAUUAGUCGAUGCUCUCGAUACAAUGAUCAUAAUGAAUUUAGAAGAUUUUUACACCGAAGCAAGAGACUGGGUUCAUAAAAAUUUAAUUUUUUCCAAUAAAAAAGAUGUUAAUUUAUUCGAAGUUACAAUAAGAGUAUUAGGUGGUUUAUUAAGUGCCUAUCAUUUGUCAAACGAUGUCAUGUUUUUACAAAAAGCAGCCGAUUUAGGCACAAGAUUGUUACCUUGUUUCGAUACAAAUUCGGGAGUUCCUUAUUCUGAUGUUAAUUUGGCAACGCUUCAAGCUCAUUCUCCUCGUUGGAGUCCUGAUAGUAGCACAUCGGAAGUAACAACAAUACAACUUGAAUUUAGAGAUUUGAGUAGGAGCACUGGUAAUCCUAAAUUUGAAGAAUCAGCAGCUAAAGUUUCUUCACAUGUUCACGAAUUGGAAAAGACUGAAGGUUUGGUACCUAUUUUCAUUAAUGCCAACACUGGGGAUUUUCGUUUGUAUUCGACAAUUACACUCGGUGCAAGAGGUGAUAGUUAUUAUGAAUACUUAUUGAAACAAUGGAUUCAAACUGGUAGAACAAUCGAUUACUUAAAAGAAGACUAUUUAGAAGCUAUAAAUGGAGUACAAAAAUUAUUAGUUCGAAGAACAUUCAAAAAAAAACUACUUUUCAUAGGGGAAUUAUUAUCAGGAGGGAAAGACUUCAAACCUAAAAUGGAUCAUCUCACGUGUUACUUACCCGGUACUCUCGCAUUGGGUGUCAUGUACGGAAUGCCUAAAAAUCACAUGGAUUUAGCCGAAGAACUUUUGUACACGUGUUACCAAACCUACGCAUAUCAUCCGACGUUUUUAGCUCCCGAAAUAUCGUAUUUUAACGUUCAAGACAAUUCUCAACCGGAUAUACAUGUCAAAACAACCGAUGCUCACAAUUUAUUAAGGCCGGAAUUUGUUGAAAGUUUAUGGAUAAUGUAUCAGAUAACCGGAAAUACGACUUAUCAAGACUGGGGAUGGCAAGUAUUUGAGGCUUUUGAAAAAUUUACAAAAGUUGCAAACGGAUAUACCUCGAUAGGAAAUGUUAAAAGCGUUGCCAAAACAAGGCCGAAAGACAUAAUGGAAUCGUUUUUCCUGGGGGAAACGUUAAAAUAUUUAUAUUUGCUUUUCGGAGAUGAUAGACACGAAUUAAGUUUGAAAGAAUUUGUUUUGAAUAGCGAAGCACAUCCGCUACCCAUUUAUACCUCAUGA